AAAGCUCUACGGCGUCUUCUGCUAGUGGAGACCAUUCCCCAGCACGACCCCCGCCGGCAUCCUCCUCAUCGCCAACAAGCCGUCCACUCCCGCCAUACUCACCAAAGACGGUAACAGCAUCAUGUUUUCCUGCGCUGAACAAGCGUACAUGUUCUGCAAGGCGCUCUGCUUCGGUGAUGAGGAGUUGUUUAAGAAGAUACUGGCGACGUCGGAUCCAGCAGAGCAGAAGAAAUUCGGCAAGACCGUGAAGGAGUUUACAGCCGCAGAGUGAGAUGAGGUCAGAUCUCGCGUCGCACGGAUAGGAAACUGGUAUAAGUUCACAUGCGCGACAUCUUACUCGGAACGGAAGACAAGAAGCUUGCUAAGGCAGGGAGGAGGGAUAGGGUUUGGGACAUCGGACAUCAAGCGCAUGACGCUGAGAAAUAUGGGCAGAACUGGGGGCAGAACAAGUUGGGGAAGGCGUUGAUGGCGGUCGGUACAAGGAUUAGGGAGGUGGGAUUGAGGGAGAGGGAGACGGGGAUGCCGGUGGACUGGGAUUGGGGAUGGUGGGGAGGGGGAUGAGGUUGAGGCAGAACUCA